CGUGCACUUCUGCCGGCCGAUCUCGAGCGUCGAAUGCCGUACGUCGCGCGCAGUGAAUUGCGAUGCAAGGAGCUCUAAGUGCGUAGCGAUCGGCGCGAGGGAGUCGGUAGGCGGUUGGCGCACCUGGGAGGAGCGAGCGAGCGGCCCGGCGACCCGGGAGUCGCACCUCGGCGAGCGGUGGGCCGGACACGGCCAGCCUCAGGCAGCAGCCAGUGCCCGCCCGUGCCUCCACACGCGCUCCUUCGCCCGACAAAACAAUGCGCCGGUGGUGCGUGUAAAUACGCGCAGCGGCUAUUCGGGGAGCAGCGGAGUGCUGGCAGGCAGGGCUCCCAGCCGCCUGUCAUGUGUCAGCGACCCUGAGGCCGCCGCCGCCGACGACGACUCUUGUUUAUAUCGAUCACGUGGUGUUGUCAUUCUGACGCGGUGCAUCUGAACGGCGGCCGGCAUGCAGCGCUGCCCGUACCUGCACGAGAUGAAGGAGCGGCUGCUGUCGCAGAGCUCGAACCCCGACCAGACGUCGCUGCCAGACUCCGGCGCCGCCAUGGACACGCGCGCCGCCUCUGACGUUCUCGAGGUGCGCCAGGAUCCAGUCGUCGGCACCGUCGUCAAGCUCAACCCGGACGGCUACGGCUCGCACACGUCGCCCGCGCACCACUGCAGCAGCCAGCUGCUGGACGAGUCCGCCGACAUGGACAGCUUCGCGCCCAAGAACGCCAAGACCUCACUCUUCAUUAUUCUCAGCUUCAUAUAUGCCAAGCUGCUGAUUGUUAUUUGUAUAGCCUAUGUCAUCUCGGAAGUUGUGACUCAAAACAUACCUCUACAUUAUUAUGAGGGUUUCUUCACAUAUCUAUAUGGAAUGAGCAUACUGUUCUUGUUGUACGUAUUCUGCUUUCUACUACAAGAAAGCGCCUGCUGUGCACCAGAAGUCCAGGCACCUCCACCUCGACCCCCUGUCAAAAAAUCUGAUGCAAAGAAGGCAGAAAAAGAGAAGAAAAAGAAAAAGAAAAAAGCUGCUGAAGCAAAGGAGAAAGGAAGUGGGGGAACACCGGGAGGUGUUGGUGGCAAUAAUAAAGGCUCAAUGUUUCAGGGUGUUCUGCGCAACUUGAGAACCAGCAAAGAUGUGAAUUUGAAUGAUGGUGGUGGAGACAGUCCUACACAAGAAAAGUUGACUGGUUCAUGUGAUCCACCGGAGAUGGUAGAACUGGAGUCUGGGAGACCUGCACGUAAACGAAAAACUUCACAGAACAUUCACAGCCAUGGAAGUUUCUUUCUAAGAGUAGGUGCUAUAGCAUUUGGCCUUGGGACAAUGAUCUAUAAUGGACUUGAAUGUGGAGCUUUCUUCGAAAUUCCCUUCAACUCUCCUUGCUACCAGAUACUACGAGGAAUUAAUCCAGUGUUACAGAUGAUUUUCACUUUCAUGCAGAUGUACUUUAUAUUCAUGAACUCAAGGCUGAAUAUUCAUCGCUUCAAGGUGGUUGCACGUUUUGGACUUAUGCAUGUAGUUGCUACAAAUUUGUGUGUCUGGAUUCGAACUUUGGUGCUUGAGAGCCUAAAAGAAAUUUCUGCAUACCAGCAUCGACGUCUUGAAUCAUUUUUGGCUGCAGAUGAAGAUAGUGGAGUCGAGUUAAUUCGUGGGCCGAGCAUCUUCGAUUCAGCCCCUGGUGCCCCCACUCUUGGGCAGGGGACAACGGUAGCUGCUGCUGCAGGCGCGGGAGCCACAAGCCUGCAAACGACAGCUAGGACAGCUGCCCACACCAUCGCCCGCAUCACCAACUCUACCUUGCGUGCCAUUCUUGAGGUUACUCUUCCUCCCACAACCCCUAGUACUACUGUUCCAUCCACCACGGUCACUACCACUGCAGCUCCUACAACAACACUGCGUACCACAUCUACUGCAUUCCCAACCACACUUACCACACAGAGUCCUACCACUACUCCUAUUAGUACCACAACUGCAUCUACAACCACAACAACCACCACCACCGCUGCUACUAUCCCUACCACUGCUUUGUUCUCACAGUUCCCUACGAUGCUUGAUUCAAUGGACUAUCCCAGAGCUCUUGACGUUAAUGGAAACAGCAAUGGCAGUAUUCCAUUCUUGGAUGGACCUUUUUAUCCAGCAGCUUUAACAAGUUUGAAUAAUGGUACCUCUAUUACAAGUGGUUGUGGUCGGGUGAACAUCAUGGGAACAAUUGUUCAGGAUUCUGCUCCAUACUUGUUUCCAUUUAUAAUUGAAUACAGCCUAAUUGGUGCUGCUGUGAUUUAUGUUAUGUGGAGACACAUUGGACGUCAUCCCAGAUAUGUGGAACAGGAAGAUUUGGAACAACGGCUGGAAGCAAUGUUAUCACGAAGAGCAGUGGCAAUGGCACAAGCUCGUCGACAAGGCCGUGUAGACUGUGUAGGUGCUAGCAAAGGCCUGUUCUGUGGCCUCCUGCUUUUGGUUGCAUCUCUUAUUUGUCUCAUACUUUUCUUUGUGAUGAUACAUCAUCAAGAUUAUGGACUGCUUGCAAUAUACCUGGCAGAUGUUUCUCACUGUGUGUUGAUGUCUCUCAGCAUAAUAGCUACUAUUGUUGGCUUCAUCAGAGUACAGAGUCUCAAAUUCCGUGCUGAAGAGCAGAGUGAUUUGAAUGACAUUCUCCUAAGAGUAUCUGCAUUUGGUCUGUUUGUGUAUGCUGUAUUUAGUGUGAUAGCUGGCUCCUUGGCUGCUUUUCCACAAGAACCCAAGUUGUUAAUUGUGUGCACUGGCUUACUGUCAAUUGUUCAGGUUGUACUACAGCUGUUGUUCAUUGCGGAUGUGGCACGCCGUCGUGUACAUCUCCCUGAACAUGACCGCAGCAAACCUGGGCGUCAAGUAGUAACCUUCCUCUUGAUCUGCAAUGUCACAAUGUGGGUCAUUUACACAUUUGAAGCACAGAAGGUUAUUGCUAAUCCUGUUCAACUUGAUUUCUAUGGAUUCCUUGCAUGGGCCAUAGUGCAACGGGUUACUUUACCACUUUGCAUUUUUCAUCGAUUCCAUUCAGCGGUCACGCUUGCUGAGAUUUGGAAGACUAGCUACAAAGCUCGACUUGAAUGAAUUCUACAGUGCUUGGUAAUUAUUAAAAAUAACAACUUGCCCUGAAAUCAGAACUGGUAUACAUAAAAAAGUGUUAAUGUGUAUGGAUUAAUGAUGAAUUUUAUGAUUUAUGAAGAUGUGGUGUGUUCACACACUCUGACAAUGAAUUUUUGCCAUUGGUUUUCAUCUUCUAAAGUUAUUUUUAAAAACUAAAUAUUUAAGCCAAAGAUUAUAUCCUCAUGAAAUUCAUUAACAAUAAUUAUUAAUUUUGUUAAGAUAUUAGGUUUACUGAUAACACUUUAUGCAAUACCUCUCAUUACUCACACUCUUCUUGAAACAAUUGUCAUUAUACAUUACAUCUAAAAACUAUUCAUUUAUACAUUUGCGACUUGUUAUUUUUGUUGCUCGCAUACAUCAUUAUCAAACUUGAUAGUCAUUUUCAUUGAUGAUAAGAAUGUGUCUGAGUCAUGUCUGAUGGUGAGCAUAAAAUAAUGUUGAUGCUAUUUUUGUCCUAUGCUUGUCUUAUGCCCACAACAAUUUGUCAUAUUUAUUUCUUCUGCAAAACUACAUUAAGGAACUUUAUUUCAUAAAAUACAUGAAACGAAAAGCAUGCAACUGUCAUUUGCAAUGUGCCAUUCCUUGCUGGUAGCACACCGGCAUUAACAUGUCAGCAUCAACAGAUGAAGAGAGUUCAGUAAUGUUUCCGCCUGACUCAUUAAUGUUGACACACUGGAGAAUUUAAUUCUCAUUCUUAAGGUGGUGUUUACCUUGAGAAAUAAAAACAAUAAAAAUUUAAGAAAAGUGAAUGGGUUAAGUAAACUUACCUGUUCAUCCAUGUAUACAUAUUAAGUUUAAGUGUCCAUCAAAAUAAUAAUCUACUAAGUUUGCAGAAGGUUGUGGUUGAUCACUCACAAAGAAACCACUCAACCUCCGUUACAGAAAAUAAUAAUUAUUCUUCUGUUGAACAUGUUCAGGGUGUAGUCUUGCAGCUGUUGUAGUAUUAUUCAGCUAUUUUUUGAAUUAGAAAGAAACUGAUAUUGAAAUAAAGGUGAUGAUUUGGUGAUUUGACACUAGGCCACAAAACUAUGUUGAAUGCACAUGCCUUGUUGAAAUUGAUGACUUUCAUUUGAAUAUGCAAUGUAAGUAUGUGCCAAAUAAAUAAAAUAAUAUUAUUGUAUGGGCAGAAUGAGUAUAUUAAUGGGAAGGAUAAAGUAAAUAUUCAUUACCAGUAUCACUUGAAGAUUACACCAAAUGUUUCACUGUUUUUAUUUCCUUUGUUGUCUGUUGUUAGUUACAAUGUAAAACAACUGAAGCAGAGAUCCCCUUAAAUACAGGCGUAAUGUAAAUUUUUCUUCACUGUGUUGUGAACUUAAUGGUUUCUGUGGAACAUGUAUUACUGAGCAUGAGCUCUAGUGAAAAACACUUCCAUGAUGACUUGAUUGUUUUGUACGAUAAUACACAAAAGAAAAUUUUAAAAUAAUAAUUGGCUACAGAACAAAGGUUAUACACAAAAAAUAUCAUUAAUGCAUUACUAUACAAAAACUGAAUAUCCUACACUGUACAAAUUUUUUGCAAACUAAAUUAACAAUUCUGUGAAAUCACCAAUGAGUAGACUUAAUUAAUACAGCAAAACAGAUGUGCUUUGUUGGAUGAGAAGUAAAUGUGUGUCAUAAAUAGUUAAGCAUCAAAUAUAAGAAUAAAUGUUUACAACUUCAAAAUGUAAAUAAAAUGGUUGUUUUGUACAUAAUUUAUCAUUGUUCUUGAUGUCUGUUCUAAGCCUGUACUCAAGUGAAAUAAAAAGAAAACCAUGAGAAAAUUUCUAUAGAUCAUGAAACUAUUGCUAAGCAUGGUGCGUACUAAAUUAACUCUUAUUGCUGUUAUAUAUAUCUAUAUGUGGCUAAAGAGGCAAAAGGUUAGUAACACAUUUUGUGUUGUUUCAUUGCAGAUACCUUCAUUAGUAAGUACAAAGUGACAGACUUAGUUAUGUAGUAGGUGAAAUAAUUUGUUACUGUAGGUCUUCUCUAAAAAAAUUCAUUUUGUUCCAUUUUAGCAGUUUUAAACUUAGUGAGUUUUUUGGCCAGCUCUCUUCCUUUUUUUUUCAUUUGCCAAUUGUCAGAAUUUUUAUACAUGAUGAUGUUGUGAUAAAAUUGAUUAUUAUGUUUUCAUUGUUUAUUACAUUUCCCUCAUACAUUAUUUACCCCUAGGACACUUUUUUUGAAAGCUAUGAAAAUUUGUGGACCAUGAAGUUCCAAAGAAACAUGAAACCUGUUCAGCAUUUACCAUUCUACUCUUUUGCUUGACUUUAGAAAAUGAAAUAGUACAAAGUGGAUUAUAGAUAUCCAUUACAUAUAUUUUUUCCGAUAUAUAUCAUGAGUUGUGUGUACAUCUAUUAAUGGUUUGAAACUAUAUGUACAUUCACUACAAAUGUUUUCUAGACUCUUAAUACAAAAUAGCCAAAUAUUCUUUUAAAGUGGAUUAAUUAGGUUCUUUAGUAUUGGUAAUAACACAAUGUUUACUGUACUUUACAUGUGGUAUGUGUGAGAUUAUUUGCAAGUACCAAAUGUUUUUAGAGUUUUUAAUGUGACCAAAUUCAUUUUUGGAAAUUUGCUAUGUAUAUAUACACUGUCAAGAUUCUCACUGCCAACUAAUACAGUAUGUGUGAACUGUAAGUUAAUGUAACAUUCAUAAGCAUCUUACAGUGAUUCAGCAGACUAGAUUAGGAUCAUUCAUAUUCCAUAAGCAUUUGACUGAUGGCAGUGUUAAAGUUGUCAUGAAAUUAAAAAAAGAAAAGAAACAGUGCUUCUUCAUUAUCUGCAUAGAAAACCAUUGCCAGGUUGUGCAAUUUUAUAAUCUCCCUCCAAUAUACAUUAUAUAUAUAGACAUAUAUAUUUAAAAAAACAAUGGAAAGUAGUAGUACUAGUUUUUAAAAUUGAAUAUUUCCUUCUUACAAGUAAAAUCAAUGUUCAAAAUCCUCACUUAAUACAUCUUGUGAAUGGUCUGUUGUUGCCUAUAUCUGGAAUGUCAGAUAUGGCAAAUUUUGAAAAUAUUCAUUCUGAAUAGCUUCUGUUACAGUCAACUUUUGACAUAUCUUGCUUUAUCAAAGGAAAUUUAUACUUACAUAUAGAUGGGGUUUAGAGUUUUUUUACUUUUUAUAAAUGUCAUAGAAAUUUUUUGAGAUUCUUCCAAGUUUAUUUUAUAACGUGUUUUGUACAAAAUGCAAAGAAUAUAUAUUUAGCUGACAAAAAUUCAUUAAUUCAAAAUAUUAUUUCUGUAACUAAGAGAACUGUGAAUACAGGUACUAGGUGUGUAACAUGCAUUAUUUAUUAAUUUUCAGCUUCAUAUUCAAUCCUCACAUAACAUAUUUCCCACUCAAAGAGAAUGGCUGUUGAUUUUAAAAUGUGGAUGGACCUUUAAAAAUACAUAAAACUGUCUUACAAAGUUCAUUAUGUUUUUUUUUAAAAUUACUAUUACUGCUAAUACGGUUACAUAGCUUACAAGUGGAUAAUGGAGGCUGGUGAACACCACAUAAGUCUAUGCUUAGUAUGUGUUACUUGAGAGGAAGUUUUUUUUUUGUUUUUUUGUUUCUUUUAAUUUAAUGGAAGCAGUAAAUUUUUUCUACAGGCGAUUCAACACAAUUUAUGGCUCAAGAGAUGCAACCUGACAGAAGUGGAAUAUUUGUGAUCACUUGUUUCCUAAAAGAGAAUCUGGUUAAAUUGGUUAGGGAAAUAUUGACCUGUCAUUGGUUUUUAAUUGAAUUUUAAUUAAGUUAUUUUUAUGUAUUUGAGGAAUGUGUAAUAGGAUAAUAACCUGGUGUUUAAAAUCCUUCUCCAGAGUUAAAACUGCAAUCAGGCACACACAUGAAACUCAAAGACAUUUGUAUCCACUGAAUAUCUGUUCUUCUCCAGAAAUUCAGAGGAGAUAGAAGGCUCUCUCUUUCUUAGUUGCUACAUGCCUAUUGUGACAUUUCAAGUAGGAUGCUGAUUUGGGCUGAUUAAGGUAUUCAUCCAGAGCUGCAGUUGACAUCCUCAGAGGUACUCCAGCCUCCACUGAUUCUUGCUGACUAAUGAGUCAGACAUCUGAGAGCAAGAUAAAUACCAUGAUAAAUGACUGCCUCUGUUGAUCACUUUAACUCCUACCACAUGGCUUUUUCACAGUAUUUAUGUUGCUCGGAGAUGUCCAACCCUUCAAUCAGCAAGACUCUGCAGACCUGGAGUACCUCUGAAGAUGUUCAGGGCAGCUCUGCAUGAAAUGUAAGGAAUGAAAAAGUGUAAUGACCAGGACUAUAUAACAUGGAAGACUCAUCUACAGCUAAGACAUCUGGUCAUGAAUGCCUUCAUUGUACAAUUUUCUGUUACGUUGAGCAGCAUGUACUAGCAAUGUAUGGCCUAAUGUCAAACUCAUGGGUGUUCAUUCAAGUGGACAAUACAUAAUGUGAACAGUGACUUCAGCCAUGUCAGCAGAGGACCUAACAGUUUUCAUAAAUGAUCAACAUUCUUGUGAUUUCUGGGAUAUAAGAUUGUGAAUGUAUGGAAUAUUUACUGCACUUGGGCUACUGAGAGGAGUAAAAGCUGUGGUGAUGGAGAAAGGAACAGGCAUGAUACACCAUUGAACAAUUUCUUUUUCUCAAAUGCUUCCUGGGAUAAAAUACUAUUGUGAAGAGUACUCCACACUGCAGAACUUGGGGGAAGACUUUCAGAGCUGUGGAAGACAGUGUAAGUCAGUUGUUCAAGGUGUUUAAUUAUGAGUGACAACUUACCACAAUGGGACACAAGAAGACGUGCUGUAGGAUAUAUGCUUGUGAAUUGGACAAGAUGAGUAUUCCUGAACCAUAGACACCUUGGUGAGAAGAGAUGUUCAGUGAACUGUAAAACAGUUUGUGAUUACUUGACACCAAAACUACAAAAGUUUUUGGAGUGGAAUAAGCAGGAUGAAACUGUGAGCCUGAAACAGCUAUGGGAUUUUUUUUUUUUUUUCUGGUAAAUGUUGUAGCCUGAAUGGAUGUCCAGUAAGGUACACACGUAAGUUAAACCAUUGUGUAGUAUUAAAUAGUAAGUAAUUGUAUGUUUAUCAGAAUGAAAUUAAAAUACCUUUAGAGAUUUUUUUGGUCACCUAAUGCAUAAUGUCUUUUUACAUAAAAAAUGAGUACAAAUGAAAUAAAGUGUUUACCACUGUACCAGUUUCACUGCACAACAAAAGAUGAGAAUGUUGUUAUUUUGUAUUUUACAGUUUUACUUCAGUCAUAUUUACUCUCAUACAGUUUUGCCAAAGCAUGAAAGCAAUGGUUAAUUAAAUACAGCUUUAUGCCAUCAAACACA